UUUUUCAACUAAUUAAAUUUAUCGUAGCAAUAAUCCGCCACAUAGUUUAAUCGUAUAUUCUGUAAAAGAAGGGACAUUUUAAAUAGAGAGAGGCUCGCUACCGAUUUUCCCAAUCCGGAUUUAGAGAGUCUCCUUUACUUUUCCUCGUUCGAUAUUUCAAUCUUGUUUGCAUCCGUUUAUGAUAUCAUCACACAAAGAUUUUAUCCAUUAAUGGAGGACAACCAGCGAAGCAGAUUCAGCAAAAUUUGUGUUUUUUGCGGAAGCCACUCUGGUCACAGAGAAGUGUUCAGCGAUGCUGCCAUCGAACUCGGCAAUGAACUCGUGAAGAGGAAGAUAGACUUGGUCUAUGGAGGAGGAAGUGUUGGGUUGAUGGGUCUUAUAUCCAGGAGAGUGCAUGAAGGUGGUUUUAAUGUACUCGGGAUCAUUCCCAAAGCUUUGAUGCCAGUUGAGAUAUCUGGUGAGACUGUUGGAGAAGUAAGAGUUGUUGCAGACAUGCACGAACGAAAAGCUGCAAUGGCACAAGAAGCUGAGGCCUUCAUUGCACUCCCUGGAGGUUAUGGAACUAUGGAGGAGCUGCUGGAGAUGAUAACAUGGUCACAACUUGGCAUCCAUAAGAAGACGGUUGGUCUAUUGAAUGUUGAUGGGUACUAUAACAAUUUGCUUGCUUUAUUUGACACGGGGGAAUAUACUCCUUCACACAAGCACGUUGCAUCGCACGAAAGCUGGAAAGUUGAAGAACUUGCAGCUUACCCGGGACAAGAAAGCAAGCCGCAAUAAGAAUUGUUGUUGCCAUAUGCUGCUACUUCCAUUUCAAGUUUAGUCUGAUUUAUUUGCAGGAUUCCACAAUGUGUAUAAGAAACACUCAAAUCUUGUUGCAAUUCGAAACAGCAUAUUGGGUCCCCAAUUUGAAAGUGUUGCUGAUUAUGUAGUUGAGUUUGGUUUUGUUUUGGGGUGUCAAAAAAA